AAAGACAGGAUAAAGUUUUUAAUAGUAUAAAAAAAUGUGUGAAGAGUUCAGAUAUAUAAUAUUUUAGCUGUCGAGAUAAGGACGGCUAGUAUUUAAGAGAUACUUAAAUGUUGAUUCCGAUUCACAAAUUGGCAUUUGCCAUUUUGAUUCCAGUGAUGGUUGCGUUUAUUUAUUUUUUAUUGUUCUUUGUAGUAUCGAGCAGUUAUUCCACUGCUGUACCUUCUCGAGUGAGACAGAAGAUAGUAAUAGAUCAUGAUGGCGGAGCAGACGACGUGAUGGCAAUAUUUAUGGGUUUAUUAUACGAAGAGUACUAUGACGGACCAGAAGUAAUUGCACUCACAACAACCCAUGGGAACGUCGACGAAGAUCAAGUAUUUAACAACACACAACGAAUACUCACAGUUGCUAACAGGAGGGACGUUGCCAUCUAUAGAGGCAGUACCCGUGCUCUGAUAGGGGAAUUCCCUACUGAUCAUUUUUUUGGUAACGAUGGCCUGGGUGAUAAUAACACAGACAACUAUGAACCGAUUGCUGCUCAAAAGGAACACGCUGUAUUUGGCCUUAUAGAGUUGUCUAAAAAAUAUUCGGAUGAACUCGUCAUAGUUGCUUUGGGAUCUCUCACCAACAUUGCAUUAGCGAUUCGAAUCGAUCCAGACUUCAUGUCAAGGCUCUCGCAUAUUUAUGUUGCGGCUGGACAUGUUUAUGGUGAAAAUUUUACGGAACCAGAGUUCAAUGCAAAUAUGGACGUAGAGUCAUAUUAUAUCGUAGCAGGUAGCGGUACUCCUGAGAAGCUCACCAUAAUUCCAUUCUCGCAGAUAAGAUUACAUCAGAAAAUAAGCAAGGAGUGGAGGAUAGAUGUUUUGGGAUCUAUUGAUACCAAAAUUAUGCAAGCUCAAAAUCAAUAUGAAAGAUUAUCGCUAAAUGUAAGCACUUAUUGGACCUUGUUGGACCCGUCAGCGAUGGCAAUAGCGUUGGACGAAACAUUAAUUGUUCAAGAAACACGAUACUCUAACAACAGUAUUAUUUUAUGCGGAGACCAACGAGGUGUUAAUACAAAUGAUUUUACUACAUCAAGGAACGAUUCUAAUGCUCGUGUGAUUUAUAAUGUAAGGAAAGAAAACUACAAGAAAAUGUUAUAUGAUUUAUUCUCGGCGGAAUUACGAACAAUUAAAUAAAUAUAUAUAUUUUA